AUGGCUGGUAACCCCGAGUUCCUGGUGGAAGCUCUGAAUAAUUUGACACCGGAGCAAUGGGGUGCUAUUUCCGACGCCUGUGACCAGUGCCUAAAGAUCGUCGGCAAUCCAUCAUCUACAUCCUCACGAUCUUCGACUUUCAUAAUCUCCACACCGUCGAACAUUGAACGUUCGAUGCAUUCACAACCCGGCUCUACAGUUGCUGUUUCCUCUAUGCCACACCUCAGUUCCAGUAUCCCUGUUAUCUCAGAUCCCGUCGCGUACGAUACCCUGAAGCGAAAGCUCCAAGAAAUUCAAGAAUCCGCGAACAAGGAGUCGAUACCUUUUCCGCAUCUUGAUCGUGCGAUGAAAGCCUAUACAAGUGGACGGCGUGAUUCUGUGUCCAAGGAGGUACCGACUGGGAAGAUUCGCACUAGCAUGUGA